AUGAAAGCAGCCUUGAUAGUGGUCGACAUGCAAGAGGACUUCUGCCCUCCGAACGGUUCCCUCGCCGUCAACGAAGCCCGCACCCUCGCCCCAACAAUCAACACCCUCCUCUCGAACCCAGGCUUCACCCUCCGCAUCGCAUCCCAAGACAGCCACCCACCAAACCACAUCUCCUUCGCCCCGAACCAUCCCCCGCCGAACAACCUCCCCUUCGAGCACUUCAUCGAGAUGAGCAAUCCCGCAGCAGGCAAAGAAACCGAAACCAAGCGCCAACGACUUUGGCCCAUCCACUGCGUAGAGGGCACCAAGGGUGCGGAAAUCAUCCCGGAAAUCGACACCAAGAACAUCGACCUCUACGUGCGAAAGGGCAUGGAUGCGCGGGUGGAAAUGUACUCGGCAUUCGCGGAUGCGUUUGGGAACCUCGAUGCGGAGGUGAAUCGGUCGUCGGUGGAUGUGCAUUUGAAGGGGGCGUUGGAGGAGAAGGGCAUUACGGAUGUGUUUUGUGUGGGUGUUGCGGGGGAUUACUGUGUUAAGUACACGGCGAUUGAUGCUGCGAGGGCUGGGUUGAGGAGUUAUCUUGUUGAGGAUGCGGUUAGGUGUGUUGAUCCGGGGGUGGGGUGGGAGGAGGCGAAGAGGGAGUUGAGGGAGGCAGGGGUGCUGGUUGUUAGGUCGGAUGGGCCGGAGGUUGGGGGGUUGAGUGGGGUGGUGUAG